GCCGAAACCAGGUAACCACCGGUGUUCGUUUUAUCGGUUUAUUUUUAUUUGAUGUUUAUGUUUUUAGAUAACUGAUUUCAAAGCGGCCACAAGUAGGAAGAGAGGAAGUUUAAUUGCAAUUUCAGAAUAAUGGAAUUCAAAUACUCAGUUGAGAGUGUCACAUCGGGACAAACAUCUUGGUCAGAGAAGGAUGAAUGUACUCUGAGCACGUUUGACAAGAUGUUGCGUUCUGAGUGGGAUGCUGCAAUGGAGGCAGGAUGCUUUCGUUACACUCUCGAUCAUAUUCAGACCAAGAUUCUUGCGGGCAAAUACAAGUUUGUUGCCCAGUUAAACACGAAGCGAGCAACAGACAGAAGGAAAGCUGAGGCUAUAUCUAGCAUUGAUCAACCAUUCAAUCAUGACCGCUUCAACUUUACCAAGAUUAAAAAACAUGAGAUACUGUUUGAAAUGAAACCAGUCAACAACCAUUUCAUAGAUGGAGAUAUAAACAAAACAAAAGAAGGUGAAUCAAAGAACCCUCAUCUUGUAGUCAUCAACAUCAGUCCGUUAGAAUACUGCAAUGUCCUGUUAGUACCCAAUGUGAACAGCUGUUAUGCGCAGGUACUGAAUGAAUUAAGUAUACAGCUAGCACUUGAAAUGAUACUGAUCAGUUCCACAAAGAGCUUUCGUCUAGGGUGGAACAGCUUGUGUGCCUUUGCAUCAGUCAACCAUUUACAUUUUCAUGCAUAUUACCUAGAAUUUGACCUCUACACUGAGAUUGCAGAAUGCGGAAAACUUACAGGUACUUUAUACGAAACAACAGACUGGCCAGUCCGAGCAUUUGUGCUUCAACUCCAUGGCUCAGAUGUUCAGAGUUUGACCAGUGAUAUACACAAAGUUACUUCGUACAUGCAUAAAAACAACAUAGCUCACAACUUGUUCUUAACACGAGGUGAAUGUCUUGAUAAAAGGCCAGGAGAAAGGACUAUACGAGCCUAUAUAUGGCCCAGGAUUUCCUCAUUUGGAGCCAAAAUCUUCACGUCAUUUAAUCCAGCAGUAUGUGAAUUAGCAGGGCACCUACCAGUAAAAAGUGAGGAAGACUACAAAACAUUAACAGAAGAAACUGCUAUACAAAUUCUUAAGGGAGUCUCCCUUCCAGAUCAACAAUUUGAGGAUAUUAGCAAAAAUGUACAGCAGUUAUUUAAGUAAAUUUCUUAAAUUAUUGUAUAUCAAAUAAGGUAUUUAUAAAGUGUUGACAUCACUGAACCAGACUUAAAAAUCAAAGGCACUGUGCAGGUUUUAGAGAUGUUGUUAAAAGAGGUGCUUUUUAAGCAAGGUCUAGAAAAUAGCAAUAAGGGUGAUUCAGCAAUGCAGUAGAACCUCAUUUUUACGUACCUUAGUUAUACGAACUCGCAGUUUUAUGUAAGCCUCGUACAGACAAAGACGUCAUCAAAACCCCCAAAAAUACUUAGGGCCACAAUAAUGUAAAAAAAAGAUUUGUUAGUUUGGUACAGUAGUCAUGCUUGGUCAAUGGUGAAGGUGGAAUUUAAUAGUCUUUACAGUGGUUCUUUUUAAUGGUGAUGUUGAUGUGGUUCAUGCUUGGUCAAUGGUGAAGGUGGAAUUUAAUAGUCUUUACAGUGGUUCUUUUUAAUGGUGAUGUUGAUGUGGUUCAUGCUUGGUCAAUGGUGAAGAUGGAAUUUAAUAGUCUUUACAGUGGUUCUUUUUAAUGGUGAUGUUGAUGUGGUUCAUGCUUGGUCAAUGGUGAAGGUGGAAUUUAAUAGUCUUUACAAUGGUUCUUUUUAACUGUGAUGUUGAUGUGGUUCAUGCUUGGUCAAUGGUGAAGGUGGAAUUUAAUAGUCUUUACAAUGGUUCUUUUUAAUGGUGAUGUUGAUGUGGUUCAUGCUUGGUCAAUGGUGAAGGUGGAAUUUAAUAGUCUUUACAAUGGUUCUUUUUAGUGGUGAUGUUGAUGGCAUUAAAAAAAUAGCAAUGAGGGUGAUUCAGCAAUUUGUUUAUGGAGGGAAUUACAAAGAGAGGCAGAUCAAAAUAAAGUGAAUUGAAUAGAGUAUAAAUGGUCUUGGAGACAAAUGAUGUGUGGUUAAAUACCAUUAACUCGAAUGGCUCAUGGGUAUUUUGUGGUCUGUUUUCUGAAACUUAAAAUGGUACAGGUCAAUGGUGAAGGUGGAAUUUAAUAGGGUUACAAUGGUGGUUUAGUAGUGAUUAUGAAGAUCUAGUAUAUAACUCAUAUAGGUAGAACAAAAUUACAGGGUGUAUUUCAAUUAUUUUUGUAUGUUGUGUAUAAUUAUGUAAAAUAAUGUCAGAAAUUAGAUAUGGACUAUGACCAAACUAUAUGGUACCGGCAAAAUAUAUAUAUAUUUAUAGCUAGGAUAAUGAAUAUGAAAAUGCAUAUUUUACAAUAAACUAAAAAAAAAAACAAGAGACUCGAUAUCCAUUUUUAAUUUUGUAGUACACAGAAUAAAAUUGGUAUUCAUGUAAUUUAUUUACAAAUUUUAACAGCUUAAACUAUGUUAUUAACAACUGCAGAACAACAUUAUAAAGUAUC